UGCUGCACCUGGGAAGGAGUUAAGUGCAGCAACAGAACCGGCCAUGUUGUCAAGCUCAAGCUCAGUGGCUGUGGCUAUGAAGCGCGAGUGGGAGGUGAGAUCAGCCCCUCUUUGACUGCCUUACACCACUUGAGAUAUUUAGACUUGAGCUGCAGCAACUUCAGUGGGGUACAGAUCCCAAAAUUUCUUGGUUCUCUUACAAAUCUUCAGCAUCUUGAUCUUUCUCGUGCAAGCUUUGUGGGAAGAGUACCUCCACAGCUUGGUAAUCUCUCCAAACUUGCAUUUCUUAGUGUCUCGGCCAAUUCGUUAUACUCAGAUGACCUUGCAUGGUUAUCACAUCUCACCUCACUGCAGUACCUUGACAUGAGCUUCGUUAAUCUUAGCUCCGUAGUGGAUUGGGUGCAUGCAAUCAACAAGCUUCCGCCAUUGAAAGUUCUUUGUUUGGAAGAUAGUGAUCUCAGAAACAGCCCUGCUACUCUCUCUCAUUAUAAUCUAACAGCCCUCCGGGUGUUGGAUAUCAGCGGUAACCGCUUCCACACUGCACUUUCUGCCAACUGGUUUUGGCAUAUAACUACAUUGACUUCUCUUGAUCUCUCCACAUCUGAUUUGCAUGGUUCAAUUCCUGAUGAAAUGGGAAAUAUGACCUCUCUUGAAGAAGUUCACAUAGGCGGCUAUGAAACCAGCCUUACUGGUAUAAUACCAUCAAAUUUGAAGAAUCUAUGCAAUUUGAAGAUUGUGGACCUAUCGGAGAGCAACACCACAGGGGAUAUAGGAGAGCUGAUGGAACGGUUACCAAAGUGCUCAUGGGACAAGCUGUACUCUUUGGAUUUCUCGGACAACAACAUCGGCGGGAGCUUGCCAAAUUGGUUAGGACCUCUACCUAAUUUGACCAUUUUAGAUUUGUCCAAUAAUUAUAUUGAAGGACCUAUGCCACUAUGGAUAGGAUCACUUCCACAACUGGCUUUCCUGUAUCUUUAUUCUAACCAACUGGUUGGUGAAAUGAAUGAAGAUCACUUAGAAGGACUGAGAAGUUUACAAGAACUACGAAUGUCAGAUAACUCUGUUUCCAUGGUGGUCAGGUCAGAUUGGGUUCCUUCAUUCAGGCUACAAGUGGCCAAGCUCAGAUCAUGCCGGCUUGGACCCACAUUCCCAGCAUGGCUCAGGUCGCAAUCUAACAUUCAAGUUAUUGACAUCUCUAAUGCUUCCAUUACUGAUGAUGUACCCGAUUGGUUCUGGACCCUAGCUUCAAAUGCUACUCUCUUGGAUAUGUCAAAAAACCAAUUAAGUGGCACACUCCCAGCAUCCCUUGAAACAAUGAAAGCAGAGCUAAUGGACCUAAGUGUUAAUAGAUUUACUGGUGCAGUCCCAAAGUUUCCUUGGCAGGUGGAAUAUUUCGACUUAUCCAGAAACAAAUUAUCAGGGACACUCCCAUCAGAUUCGGUAGCCCCAUAUCUGUCUAUGCUUGCACUUUACAACAAUUCAAUAUCUGGCAACAUACCAUAUUCAUUGUGCCAUUCAUUCUUGAUAAAAUUAGACCUAUCAGGAAAUAUGCUGAUAGGAGAGGUGCCAAUUUGCCAGAAGGGAGAUUUUGCGGGCUUCACAUAUAUGGAGUCACUAAAUUUAAAUAGCAAUAAUCUUUCAGGAAAUUUCCCAUCAAUUCUUCAAAUGUCCAAAUAUAUGAUUUUUCUUGAUCUUGCAUACAAUCGGUUCUCUGGGAAUUUGCCGGUAUGGUUAGCAGAAAACAUGACAUCCCUUGCAUUGCUACGACUGCGGUCCAAUAUGUUUUCAGGGCAUAUUCCCGUUGAACUUGCAAAGAUUGAAGGGCUUCAAUAUUUGGACCUUGCAUGUAACAAUUUUUCUGGAGGUAUACCUGAAUCCAUAGCAAAGCUGAAGGCAAUCGCUCGGUCUCAUGGAUUUAGUGAUUCACUUUAUGGACUCUCAGUUAAUCAUUAUUCUAUGUUGAUUCAUUCAGCCAAAUAUGGUGACAAAAUGUACGACACGACAACUGUGUCUGUUCUUACUAAGGGACAACAGCUAGAGUUUUCCAAAGAGUUGGCAUACAUGGUAAACAUUGAU